GCGCGCCCGGUCCUCCACUGUAGUCUAGCCGGCCGCGUUAUGGAGACACGGAAGAGGGAACCGAAAAGGUCCACCAUGUCGGGCACCGCGUAGCCAAGUUUUCGAGCUCCGGCAACCAGACGGCAUGUAGGAACAUCCACAUGUCAUCAUCCGCUUCAUGUCCGGAACUUGGGAUACUAACCGAUCAAGCAAUUUACCGCUCCAUCCGCUCGAAGUCCUCAACGUGACGACAUUCUACACCCCGCUCGUCCUCACUGUCGAAAGCCAGGAAGCGUCAUCGCUUCAGUUGUCGCAUCGCAAUCCUACCACAUCGAUCGUACCAGGUCGAUUCGCAACCGACCAUGGCGACCACUUCCGCCGCCGCACCACCUCGAAAGUGGUGGCAGGUCCCUCGCCCGCUCCAGAAGGUCUUCGAUACAUUUCCUCUUCUCGCCUACGACGUCAACGCCCUCCCUGCUCGAGCACAGUCAGCCACUUCUGGUGACCUUCCUACACUUUAUGUCUUUUCAACCGAGGAGGAAGCGCUACUAGGGGCACCGAGCUUCAACCCUAAUUGUCUGAAGUGGCAGGCCUUCCUCAAGCUUGCCGGCGUCAAGUUCCAAAUCUUGCCCUCGACAAACCAUGCCUCACCUACCGGCGCGCUCCCAUUCAUCCUUCCAACAAGAUCGUCCCCUACCGAUGCCCCGUCGCCAAUUCCAUCCUCCAAACUCCACGAUUACGCGCUCAAGUACGGUACCUCCAACCCUCCAGAGGUGUCAGCUUUAAGGCUCGACGCCUACCAAGCCCUCCUCGAUGUCCCUAUCCGAAAUGCCUGGCUACAGGCUCUCUAUCGCGACCCCGAAUACACCGAUCUGCUGGACAGGUUCUACAUCACGCCAGCCUCCUCCUCUUACUGGGUGCGCGGCGCACUCAGGCACCAACUGCGUCGAGCAGCAGAGACCGAGAUCCUAAAGACCGGACCCGGUGGAGCUGCUUCUACGGCGGUAUCUCUACUAGUAGAUGAACACUCUGUGUACAGAGCGGCUGUGCAGGCGUUGGAAGCUUUGGCAACAUUGCUCUCAGAAAGUAAAACUGGGUGGUUCUUUGGAGCGGAGACGCCGACAAUUUUUGAUGCAAGUGUUUUCGCUUACACACAUUUGAUGCUCAAGUAUAUGAGCGACGCCGAGGGCGAAGUAGAGGGAAAUAUGGGUUUUAUUUUGGCGUCCCGGAAGCUAGGGACUAUGGUCAGGAGUGCUGGAUCGGGAGAGUUGGAGCAGCACCAUCGCCGUUUGUUUGAGCUGCUUUGGCUGGCAGAUUCAAACGCUGAAUUAUUAGACGCAAAGGCUCGAGGGAACAAGCUGCUGCAAUUUCAGCUACAAGCUUGACAUGGAAACUCAUGACGAAGGCUACGACAAAAGUAAAUUAUACAACGUUUGUAAGAUACUCCGGAUAAACAGAGGGCAACCUUAUAGAUAGAUACCCCGAUGAACCUUGUUGUCAGGUUGGUUCAACAAGCAAUCAGGGCAGUGUUGGGAUGGAACCAACACGAGGCAGCAAUGUUGAUCACCGGUGACCGGAGUCAGUGGCCGGAACCAUUCCGGCCAAGUGGAGUAUGAUAUCGGCAAGCUGGGGCCGGCUGGGGCCGGCUAGGGCCGGAGCAAAGUGGGGGUUCGCCAGUUCCCAUUACUCAAUCUCGGUUUUAGUAGUUCACCAUGUGCACACCGACACGGACGCCUGCUGACACGGUGCAGCAUCAUGGCUUCGUUCAUGUACGGGUGCGAUGCAGACCGGGCCGAAGUGUGGAUAGCUGAGUUUCACAGUUUGUUGUUAUCGACGCGGAACUUGUUCGGCCAACCGAUGGUCAGAAUGAU